CCCGCCCCGCCUGCUGCCCCCAGCACGCGCCGCAUCCGCGCCCCGCACACGCCGCUCCUGCACUCGCGCCGCGCCACACCCGCGCCCUGCACCUGCACCGGGCCCGCGCCCUGCAUUCAAACCGGUGUCCUGCACCCGCACCGCGCCGCAUCCGCGCCCCGCACACGCCACUCCUGCACCCGCGCGGUGCCUGUACCCUGAUACAGCACGCUAGCACGCACGCCGCUCCUGCACCCACAUUGCACCGGCUCCUGUGCCCCACUCGGGGCCCUGCACAUGCACCCACACUUACAGCAGUGCCUUUCACCCGCACAUGUGUCUGUCGCAAUACAUGCGGCCGCACCAUGAACCUGGACACGCACCUAUGCCCUGCACCCACACUCUGCACCCACAUCAUGCCCACACACUGCAUCCGCACGGCCACAUUCUGCACUCCCACUCGCACCCUGCACCUGCACGCACACCUGGACCCGUGUGCUGCCCACAUGCACAUCCUGAACCCACACCUGAACAGGGCCUACACCCUGCACCCACAGCCUGUGUAUCGCGCCCCCCACACACACACCUGUGCUGCACCCACAGCCUGUGUUCUGUGCUGCACCCACACAGUGCCUGCACCCAUGCUGGCUCCAGGACGGCUCUCAGUGGGAGCCCAGCCUCCUCUCACCACUGGAGGCCCCCAGGCUCUGAGCAGAGGACACUGAGGCCCGUGUGGGGGCCCUGGCUCCUGUGCUGCCCUGACAGGACUCACUGCUCCACCCCUGGGGGGGGGGUGCCGCCAGAGCCUCCUGCUCAGGCUCCCUGGGGCCACACGCACGCCGUCCCGUCCCCUCUGCCGGGACUGCCUGGCGGGCACGUCGCUGGGGCACUAGAGCCGGGGACGACAGGAUGGCCCGAGGGUGCUCCUGCCCCGUGCUGCCCGCCCCUCGCUCCCGCACUCCUCCAGGACCAGGGGCUGAGGCCAGGGCACCUGGAUUGGCGGUUCUGGGAGGUUUGGAGUCCAGGUCAGAGGGACAGAGGCUGCUCUAUUAGUGACGCUGGGGUCCUGGGAGGCCAGUCCCCCCGCCCAGCUAGCGGGCACAUUCGCCCUCCCCAGGUCUGCUCCCUUGCUUGUCCCUGCUGUGGCCUGGAAGAGGAAGGCCCAGAGUGGGUGUGCAGGGCAGCAGGACAGGGGCGGGCCCAAAGGGCAGGCACCAGGCUGCCCUGUGGAACUGGGACGUCGGGCACCCCGCCCCCUCCUGAGGCCACAGGACCAGGCCAUCCCGGGAGGCUCGGAGGAGCGUUUCCAGCACCCGUGGGUGGGGCCGAGCCGCUGGCCUGACAAGACCCACAUUCUGAGCCUGUGCCCCCCUCUCGGCUGGCGGCCAGAGCCAGCAGUCCCAGAGCCGCGGCACCUGCGACCCCGAUGCAACAGCAGCGGAAGGGGCAGCCAGGGACCUCCCAGCCGGGACGCAGAGCCCUGGCCACGAGGCUUAGUGGACAGGGACACGCAGGCGACAGGCAAGCGCAGGUCCCACACGGACGUCCCCGGCUGGGGCGACAGAAAGAGGCUGGCUUUGACCUCAGCAGGGAAGGACAGCCUGUCAGUACGCAUCCUGCCAGGCCAGGGGGCGGGAAGCCGGGGGUCCCCACAGACCCGGCUCGGGUUUGCUCCGGGGCUUUCUUUCCACUCCACAGGAGCGUCCCCAGCACCUGCUGGCUGCAGCUGCGUGGCGCCUGGCUGACCUCUGGACGGACGCCGGACACACGUGAGUCCAAUUAGCAAUCAGACAGAGCCAGUCAGGCUCUUCAGGCUCCUGCACAAAUGCACAUCCCAGCCGGCGCCGCCGUGGACUGCGCUCCGUGCCUCACGUGCGUUCCCCUACCCAGUCCUCCAGCAGCCCCCCAGGCACCUGUAUCCAUGUCCCCACUUCACCAGGCACCCGAGACACGGCAGUGGGCACGGCUGGGCCACACACCUGCAAACGCAGCACACACACUCGUUCACAAACACACGGCACACACGCUGACACGGUUUCCCACAGGCAGCCCUAGGCCGGGGGACAGCAGCUCCCUGGGAGGUCUUUUGCGAGGUCACCUUGUGAAAGGCGGGACCAUGGUUACACAAGAUAUGGGGGUCCCCCAAAGGGUGACCUGAGGACCACGGCAAACUCCACUCCUGCUGGCCCCGGGAUGCUCCGGCAGUCCCUGCUGGGGGCUGGAAGGGUUGAGGCACCAGGGGCUUGCCCCUGCCAGCCUUGACCCUGACCCCGUCACAGAAGAGCCCCUUGCACCCAGGCCCACAGGGCGUCCACUCUCCCUAGCGCAGCAGAAAGGCUAGGAGAGAGAAGGCUGCCAGCCAUGACUUUCCGCUGCCAGACCCCAGGGGCCCUCUCCUCCGGCUUUGGCUCUGAGUGCCCCUCCCCCACUCCCAGGAAGGGCCCCUGCACCCUCACCCCCGCGUCAUCGCUGCCUCCCCCUUGUCCUGGCUCGCUCGCUUGCAGGAACGUAAGCGGGAGGGCUCUCCCUCCCAGGUGGCAGCUGGGGCGGGUGUGGGGAAUAUCAGUUAUGGGAGGUUAUUGUUAGGACAGUCACCAUGGCAACCAGCAUCACAUCUGCAGAGCCAAAAGUGCUGCACAUGGGGCCCGUUCUCCCUGGGAGAGCCACGGCCUCCGGGGGCUGCUGUCACACAGGGACGUCACUGCCACCACUUCUCUCGGGCCUGGCAUCUGCCGGGCAGAGCAGGCGCUGGCCCCCGAGCGGGAAGACCCUGGUCCAUCGAUCCCACUCUCCCAGCCCGGACAUGGCGGCCUGGACAGGACCUGGAGGAGCUGACCUCAGACCAUGGAAAGAAAGGAGGGAACCUGGGCCAGAGCGCUCACGUGACCGGGAAUGCGGCGACCACGCACACAGAGCUGCACACGCUCUCACAACAGGGCUGCGCAGCUCGGACAGGAAGCUGAAACAACCACUACCCACCGUGUGACUCCAUUUUUACGGAAUCCUAGAACCAAUCGGGCAAGCGGCUGUCACGGCGGAGGGUCAGGGGUCAGUGCCGAAGGUUCCAGAACCUUCCGUAAUGGUAGAAAUGUUCCCUUUUGUGUGUGGUCACAUUGUGUAGACGUUUAUCAAAAACUUGGCAAACUAUACACUUAAAAUUAGCACAUUUUAUGCAAAUGUAAUUUACAUAUAAGUUGUGUGUAAUUAUAUGCACAAAUCAUAUCUCAGCUUGACAAAAUGCAUACCCGUAUCCAUAGCUCAUAGCGGAACACAUUUGUUUUCAGCCCCACGGAACAGUCUUAGCAACAGAACAAGCAUUAGAAGACAAAGAGAAUCACAGAAGGUUCACAAAGCAGGGAUUUUAUUGCUGAUGAGAGUGUGAUAAAAUUAAAAAGAAAUCACCAAAGGAAAGCCAAAUAAAUCCACCCAGCAAGGACUGAAAUGGCAAACUGUGGAAACUCCAGAGAUGAAACGUGCCCCAGGACACAAGCGAAGCCCCUCUGCGUGUACUACAGUCAUGGGGAGGCCAAAGCCACGCUCCGAGGAGGAGUCGUAGGCCAGCUGGCGCCUAGCGGGAAACAGCAACACGGAAAAUGAACCAGGGUUUACAGCUCGGGAAGCUGGGAGAGAGCGAAACAAGCCGAGGCAGAGAGAAGGACGAACUUGACGAUGCCAAGCGGAAAUCAGUGAAACAGAAAACCCAGCGCGUGCUGUGAGGGCAGCAGGCGAUGGCCCGGGUGGCUGGGUCCCUGACACCACACCGGAGACCCAGGCUGGUUUCCAGGUUGCUGGCUUUGGCCUGACCCAGCUGUCGGGGGCAUGUGGGGAGCGAACCAGCAGACGGAAGACCUCUCCCCCUCCGCCCCCCUUCUCCUUCCCUCCUUCUCCCCCUCCCUAUGUCUGCUUUCCAAUUAAAAUGAAAAUUAAAUUUUUUAAGAAGAGAAAAAAGAAAACCCUAAAAAAAAAAAAAGCUCUCACGAGGAGGUGAGGCGGGGCCUCUCAGCCACCAGGGCGUGGCCACCCCCAGCCCAGGGCACAAGGCAUCUUUUUCUUUAAUUUUUUUUGUUUUAAGAUUUAUUCAUUUAUUUGAAAGAGUUAGAGAAAGGCAGAGGCAGAGAGAGAGAGAGAGAGAGUGAGAGAGAGAGAGAGAGAAUCUUCCAUCUGCAGUUCCACUCCUCAAAGAGCAACAAUGACCAGGGCUGGGCCAGGACGAAGCCAGGAGCCAGGAGCCAGGAGCUUCUUCUGGGUCUCCCACAUCGGUGCAGGGGCCCAAGGACUUGGGCCAUCUUCUGCUGUUUUCCCGGGAGCCUUAGCAGGGAGCUGGAUCAGAAGAAGAGCAGGUGGGACGUGAAUCGCGCCCAGGUGGGACGCCGGCGGCCUCACGGCUGAGCCACGGCACCAGCCCAGGGCGUCUUUCUACUGCAGACAGAAAGUCAGAGAAGGCUGCCGCCGCCUCCCUCUUGUUCCGCUCUCUUUUGCUUCGUGCCUACAGACAGGGACGGUGUCGCGCAUCCACGCAUUCAUUGGCUCCUGCUCUUGCUCAGGGGCGCCGAGAAGGGCCACGGCCCAGGCCACCCACUGUCCCCCCUGCAGAGCCAGGAGCGCUGGGGACAGGCAUGGUCAGUUCCUGGGGCUUCAGCAGAAAGAGUCUGUGACAGACGCGCACCGCAGAGCUGACCGUGACCCAGGAACCCGGAGAGAACCCAGCUCGCCCGCGGCAGUGGCCUGGCCUGGCCUGACAGCUCCGGCCGUGUGACCACACGGACACCCCAGAGCCUCCCUCGGGGCAGCCAAACACGACGGCUCGUGCUCAGGGCCUGAGGUCGGGACGUCACCCAGAGGGGGGCAGAGCAGCGGGAGGCUGCCAGGCAGAGCCCACAGCUCCUGGACACCUCCCGUGUGCCACACGUCACCCCCGCAGCCCUGUGCACAUGCAGACGCCCGCACGCAGGGUGAAGCGGCACACCCAGGGCUGGCCAGGUCUGCACACACAGGAAACCCCUGGCCAAAGCAACGCCGCCCUGAGCACAAAGGGACGGCUCCGGCCACGCACACGACCCUGGGUCUCUGAGCUCUACCGCCUCCCCCGUCCACAUCCAGGAGGGGAGGCAACAGUUCAAAGCCACGCUGCCACCCGGUCCCACAGAGGCCCUCCCUUCAGGGUCUCCUGCUCCGGCCCUCUGGCCCCACGACCCUGGGCAGGCCAGCGGAUGGAAGAGGGGCUCCUGCCUGAGGGCACAGGUCCCUGCCAGCUCCCACCUGUAUUCCACGUUGCAGGUCCUCUCGGAAGCUUGGCGCGAUGGACGGUCCCUCCACCUGCGCAUGCCCAGUCCCUGCUCCAGCUGCACCGCCGGCCGUGGCUGGGCGAGGCCCCGGGCUCCGGAGACACUGACACAGGACAGUCUCAGCGGAGGAGCCCCCUGAGGGAGGCGAGGGCCGUGGCCAUCUGACGGGCAGCUCCAGGCUGGGCUGUGGCCAAGCUUGCUGGUGUCUCUGGCCUGGCCAGAGCAUCAGCCACACAGCUGGGGGGGGCAGGGUUUCAGCCCCGACCGCGGGGUCAGCCUCCACGGCAGGUGCCCCCCACAGACCCCAUCAGGUUUGGACCUGAUUGGCUGCCACUGGGGCUUUCUGCCCGGGCGCAGCCUCUGCAGGGCCUGGAGGUCCUCAGGGGUCUCCUGGACCCUGCUGCCUUCUUGUUGUGCAACCCCGGUCCAUCCACCCCACCGCCCCCCGGUCCCGGGAGAAAGCGCUGGAGCCAGGCCUGGAGACUGUCCUGCGGUGCACCCUGCAAAUGCCACACACCAGCAUCCCCCCAUGGCUACCGCCCACACUGGCCUGCGCACGUCCACCACCAAGAGCUUAUCUUCAGGGCUCGGAGGGUCCAUUUGAAAGCGCAGUUUGGAGUCGGGACGGUGGCCACUGCAGGCGACACGUGAGCAGCAGCUGCAAGGGCCACCCUGCCUGUCCAGCUGGAGGGACUCCAAACGGGUGGACAGGUUUGGGGUAAAUAUGCUAAGUCCCAGCCAACGCCCCGUGCCUGGGGGGCCAGGCAAGACGCAGGCUGGAGGCCAGAAUGGAGCAGGAACCAGGGGGACCUGUGCGGCACCGUCAGUGAGGCAGGUCCAGCCUGCAGCCCCGGAACUCACCGGGAGGCGGGAAAGGCCCCCAGGGGCCCUGGAGGUGCAGCCCAGGGCAGAGGGGCUGGGUGGGGGGAGGGGCAAAGAGCAGGCGGAGCAGGGGUGGAGCAUGGCGGACAGCUGAUGCACGGUGGGCCCAGGAGGGCGUGGGGGUCAGGGUGGGGAGGCAAGCACCCCCUGCUCCUUCCGGAAUUUUCCGUGACUCCACUUUACACAUUUUGGGGUCCUCACCCCAACAUCCACGAAUGUGUACAAAAUCCAGGGGGCUGCCGUCUUCGGACAGCAGAGGGCAGGCAGCGGGGGACUCGGCCCCCAGGCGGGGAGGCAGGGGACUCACAGGGUGAACCCCUCCCUGCUGUUCUGAAUGGCAGAAGCGAAGCCUCACUCUGCCCCGUCCAGGGUGCGAAUCCGCCCGCUGCCCAGGGUAUCCCCCCAGCAGUCACCCUGUAGCCGGAUGCAGCCUUCGGAGCUGGUGCUCAAGUGACCCCUGCUCUACUGAGCGGGUCCCCAGCGUGCAAGGGUCGGAUGCAAAGGGGGCCCAGGGGCGGGGACACAGGGGGAGCGCACAGGGGUAGCAGGGGCACAGGGCAGGGCAUUCUGUGCCGCUCGCCAUCCCAGCAGUCCACUGGGACUCUUGGCUCGCGUCCUCCGUGGGCGAGGGGCACAGAACGGUAGUGGUGGCGGCUGUGGACAUCCUCGCCUCGCCCCGAACCUCGGGGGGAAGCGUCCCACGUGCCGUCAUUCGGAAGCUUUUUAUAGAUCCGCUUUAACAGAAUAGGAACUUUCCCUUCUAUUCCGAGGACGUGAGCUGAGUGAUUCCAGCCUUGUGGAGUGUGGGGACAGCGCUCCACGGUCCCCGGCCACUUCGCUGAGCCCCGCUCGUUCUCCCGCUGACCCUGAGAGGUGGGUCACGGUGUCCCAGCGCCCCUGGCCCUUCAGCGUUGUCGGUCUUCGCGCAACACAACGUGCGGCUGUGCGGUUCUGCUCACGCCAGAAUGUGUGUGCCCUCACCUUACCUGCUCCUGUGGUUCACCCGCUCCCCACGGCCCGUCUCCCGCCACUGCACCUCGUGCGGGUUUAGCUGCGUGAGCUUCCUCUGGGCUCUGGCCUGCACGGGGCACAGUGCGGCGUUAACUAUCAGGCCUGGUUGGUCCACGAAAGCACUCAGCCGUUUGCAGAGGCCUCUGGGAGACAGCCUGCGAGGCCCUGGCGUCCCUGCCUGCUAGGACGGAGGCUGGGACAGUACCACCCCAGCUACGCCAGCGUUGUGAACUGUGACCCCCACACAACCCGGCCCCUAAGACCUCAGAGUGCGACGGUAUGUGGAGGUAGGAUAUUAGUUAUUUUCUAAAGAUUGGUGUAUUUGAAAGGCAAGGUUACAGAGAGGGAGGGAGGGAGGUAGAGAGAGAGAGAGAAGGAGAGAGAUCUUCCAUCUGCUGGUUCUCUCCCCAGUGGUUGCAGCUACGGCACAGGCCAGGCAGAAGCCAGGAGCCUGGAGCUCCCCCCUGGGGCCCCCACGUGGGUGCAGGGGCCCCAGCACUCGGGGCGUCCUCCGCCGCCUUCCCGGGUGCAGCAGCAGGGAGCAGGCACUCAAUACGGGAUACAGGCGUCCUAAGUGGUGGCCACGAUACCGCCCCAAUAUCAUCAUGAUUUACAUACUUUAACCAUUCUUGUCACGGUCACCGUGAUGCAAACGUACUGGAAAUGCACUCGUUUUGCAGGGUUCCCUAGAAAUACCCUCAUUUUAUAUUUCUUCUGAAGAACCAUCUAUUUGUUUCCACUACCGGAUUCUGUAGAACCCUGGGCUGCUGGUGAUCCCCCCGCCCUUUGUCCCCUGCCUCUGCUCAUUUGUGUGCAGGGGGCUGCUCCUGUGUGCCUGCCUCCUGCCCCCACUGGCUCCUCUGAGACUCAAGGCGGUCUUGGACUCCCCGCUGCGUGGGAGCGCCGGAGCAUCCUCCGUGUGGGGGCUGGGUCAGGCCAAAUCCAGGAGCCUGGGCCUCCGCUGGGUCUCCCACGUGGCUGCAGGGGCCUAAGGGCUUGGGCCAUCGUCCGCUGCCUUCCCAGGCCAUAGCAGGGAGCUGGAUGGGUGUCACAGGCGACAACAGGGCCCCGCCCCGCGCCGUGGGUACUGAACCACAGGCCAGAGCUUCAGAGGCAGCUCGUUGGCACCUGGCCGACUUGUUCUCCCCGUCACGACAUCUCUGACAGCCCAGGGUCCGCCUCUCCUCUUCCCGGGGACAGCCGCGUGCUCGGGUCCCUCUCUUCUCCACUCAAGCCCCUGGAGGCAGGACGAAAGGUCGCCUGUCCCUGGUCUCUCCUCGCUGGCAGCGUGGCUCCCCAGGUGCUGCCCAAUGUCAGACCGGCCGUGGGUCGUCCAUUUAUCCCCGUGGGGGCGUGGGCAGCUGGGAGCGGGGGCUCAGGGAGGGGCGACUGUCCAGGAAUACCCGAAACCACCGCGGCGGCUCCGCUUCGUGGCAGGAGGCUCUGGGAGCUCUGCCUUUGACCGUCACAACCGGACCAGGGCCAGGCGCUGUGGAAACCCAGACUUAGGGGCAGACGGUCACUUGCAGGGAAUUUGUUAAUCCGCUGAGCCAAAGUGCAUUAGGAAAAAAAUGUUGAUUUUCAAGCGUGGUGAUGGUGUUUAAGAAUUACGUAUUUAAUAAGAUCUGCAUUUCAGCCACUUGAGGUGCACAGUUCAGCGGCACUGAGCGCGUCCACGACGUCGUCCAACCACCACCAGCUCCUAACUUCCCCACACAGCUCUCACCAGCAGUGCCUGAAGCCUGCUCUCCCUCUGUGGGAACGGACAGGACGGGGAGGAGAGGGAGGAGGGGGAGGAAGGGAAGGGGAAGGAAGGGAGA